UUCAUCAUGCUAUCUUCCAUUGGCGGCGUGAUGGGAAACCGUGGUCAGGCUAAUUAUGCGGCCGGAAACACCUAAUAGGAUGCUCUCGCCGCGCAUCGGGUAUAUCUGGGUUUGCCAGCCACAUCACUUGAUCUGGGUGACCUGCUUUCCGUAGGUUAUGUAGCCGAGAACCUCCAACAACUUCACAGCGUAAAUCCUGUGGCUUCCCUGAUGGAUGCUAUUCGUGAAGAAGAUAUCCACCGUAUGGUCGAAUAUCAUUCCAACCCGAAGAAUUUUGCCACCAGACCCUUUCAAAUAGCCUCAGGAUUGACACCAGCAGCACAGUACGCGUCCAACGCCAUACCUAUACCCUCGUGGAUGCAUUCGCACCUUUUCUUACAACUGGCUUCAACCAGCUCCACCGCUACGGCGACGCUGCGGAGCGACGACGCCGAUUCGGUCAUAAGCGUGGCAUCAAAAUUAGGAUCCAUAGCAUCUAUUGCUGAAGCCGUUUCCAUUAUUACCGACGCAAUUCGCUCCAAGCUCUCCAAGCUCUCCAAGCCGCUGAGUAUUUCUGUGGAAAACAUUGACGGGGGGAAGAGUGUGAGCAGCAAUGGCAUCGACAGCCUUGUGGCCAUGGAGUUUCGUACGUGGCUUGCGAAGGUUAUUGCUGCGGAUAUACCCCUUCUAGAAAUUCUAUGCACGAUGCCCAUCGCAGGAACCGCAGGGCUGAGUAUGAAGGUGGCGAUGGCGAGUAAGCUAGUUCCAGAGGCUUUAAAAACAGAAGACAAAAUAUUGCAGCAUCACUGAAGAGUUGAAUGGUAGCUGGAGGGUAUGUACCCAAGGGGAUGCGGAAGGCAUUUUAUUUCGGGAUCUAAUGGUUUUUGGUGGUUGACUUGCACAGUUUUGCUGCGACGGCCUGUCAAUGACGAAUUUAUAUAACUAGACCAGUUAACUGAGGCUGAAUCAAUGCUAAC